AUGCUCCCCUCUUCUGAGAAGUGGUACCACAAAUGGUCAUGGUUUGAUGUGGACGCAACCAAAGCGGAGAAGAAGCUGCUCCUGAAGCAGGACUUCAUGAUCCUGACUUUCGGAUGCCUCACAUUCUUCACCAAAUUCCUUGACCUUCAAGCAUUCCAAAAUGCCUACGUUACCGGGAUGAAAGAAGAUGUGGGUAUGGAAGGAAAUGACCUUCAAUACACCACUGGUGUAUUCCAGGCCGGAUACUGCGCCAUGAUGAUUCCCGCCAAUUUGCUCCUCACCCGCGUUGCGCCGAACAUUUUCAUUCCUUUCUGCGAGGUCGUCUGGGGCUGCCUAACUCUGGCGACUGCUUUCGUGGACACGGUUGGCCACGUUUACGUGAUCCGUUUCUUCAGCGGUGUCUUCGAAACCGUUGCGUACCCGGGAGUCAUCUACUGCAUCGGCUGUUGGUACAAGAAAUCCGAAAUCUCCCGCCGGCUGUCCCUAUUCUACAUCGCCGGUCCAUUAGGAACCAUGUUCGCUGGCUACUUUCAGUCCGCCUGCUACACCAAUCUGAACGGCGUGCACGGCAUGGCCGGAUGGCGAUGGCUGUUCAUCGUUUGUGGUUGCCUGACCAUCCCCAUCGCCAUCUUCGGCGCCAUUGCCUUCCCCGCACGCCCGGACUCGCGCAAGCCCAGCCGCUGGCUCACCGACGCCGAGAUCGCCCUCGCGCGCGCGCGCCUCUCCUCCGACGGCAACGAAGCGCCCAAAGUCAAGCUGACCAAGGGCGUCAUCGCCAACGUCUUCAAGUCCUGGCGCUGGUACUGCUUCGUGCUGCUCUACAUCGUCUUCAACCAGGCCAUGAUCACCAACGGCCAGCCCUUCAGCCUGUACCUCAAGGCCCACGCCGACAGGUACUCGCCGAGCGAGAUCAACAACAUCCCGACCGGCCAGAGCGCAGUGUCCAUCGUCGCCGCCCUCGGCUUCUGCUACUGGGCUGACGCCAAGGGCAAUAGGUGGCUGCCGUCGCUGUGCAUCUGCCUUUGCAUGGUGUUUGGAAGCAUCUGCAUGGCCAUAUGGUAUAUCCCUGUCGGCCUGAAGUUGUUUGCGUUUUACAUCGCUGGCUUGGGAGGCGCUCUGAACCCUCUCUUCAUGAGCUGGGCGUCUGAAGUGACAAUGCACUCUGCCGAAGAGCGGACGGUUGUUGUGGCAAGCAUGAACGCUUUUGGCCAGGCCUUGCUGGCGGGAUUGAACAUUGUGACUUUCCCAACUCCGCAGGCCCCGAGGUUCAAGUUCGGUUGGUGGUGGGUCAUGGCAAAUAACUUGGUUCAAGUCAUGCUUGUGCUUGGUAUUGUGUUCCUCCAUUCCCGGCAGAAACGGCAGCAGAACCAGGUCUUCGAGGGUGUCGAAGUCGACGCCAGUGAUGAUGUCGAUGUGGAGUAUAGAGCAGAUGUAUUGAAGAAGUGA